UUUGUUUGGUUUUCCAUUUUUAAACAGGACGUGAAAAGCAACAAGACAGUUCUUCAUUACACAGUCCAGGAUGGGAACAUCACCCUGCUCAGAUACUUCUUGGAAGUGAAUGCUUUCAAAUCCAAGGACUUUGUCAACAACAAGGCACAUGGCAACACAGCUCUGCAUAUGGCAGCUGCCUUGCCUCGUGACAAGAACCAGAAAGAAAUCGUCCAGUUGCUCCUUGACCACGGGGCGGACCCGAGCAUCCGAAAUUUGGACAACGACCAGCCGAUCCACAUGGCUCCUUCUGGAAAAGCUGGGGAUCAGGUUAGGCACUUGCUGAAGAAAGGGAAAGUUGCCUCUGCAUUCGUUUCCUGUCACCGAAAUGCCAGAUCCUAG